AUGGCUAGUGAGAAAAGUUUUGUAGUGUUGGUUCAUCACAAAGGAUCGAUUAAGAGGAAAACACGAUCUGGAAUGAAGUUCACUGAUAAGAAUCCUCUCAGUAUUUUUAUCAGGCCUACGACGAUCUAUGAUGAGUUUGUGAAUUCUAUACUACAGAAACUUGGUCUGCAAGGCGUGAAACGAGUUCACAAGUUAUUCUAUCGCAUUCCGAUCUUAGUGCUGCAAGAAAUAGUGAAGUAUGAUUGUUUCACGAUCGGGAGUGAUGAGGACUUGCAGGACCUGUUUCAUUGUCGUCGGCAGUUUCCUGAGGUUUGGACACCUGAGCUGUUGGCGAAACCUGUUGGUGCAUCUUCGUCCGUCCCUGUGCAUGAACCUCCGGUCGAGCCUAUCGCCUCCCCGUCGUUCGCUGUUGAUCUCAACUGUAGUAGAGGUGGAGAGGUUGGAAUAGUGGAUGUUGUGCCGACUUCUUUACAGUGUGCUGCACCGGCUGGUCUGGGCGAUGCAUUGCUGGAUGAUGUUGACGAUGAUGAUGUGGAGCCGGAUAUCAUUGCGGAUGACAGUGGUGAUGAUAUUGGAGCGAGUGAUCCAGCUGGGGCUGGAGGUGGUUCUAGCUCUGGCACACAGUAG